AUGAUUGUGGCACAAACGAAACCCAGCUACCCAAUGAGGAGUGAGCUUCAUCAAAGGGCACAGUACGCAUUGCUGAUGGUCUUAGCUGGGAAAAUGGAAAAGAGAGAAAAGAAGGCGAUGCUCAUGUGUAAGGUCAGACUGUCCGUGCCAAUGAGGAUGAAGAGAACAAUUGUGUUUCUUUGCAUUGUUACAACGGCCUGGGCAGCCCCACUCUCACCAAAUGACCAAAGAAAUGACCAUAGCAUCAGGGCAAAUCAGGAUGUAUUGAAUACAAUUCAUAACAGAGCACAUGAUGGUGCAGCGAACAACACAGGAUUUUAUGACAAUGGCAACCAAGGAAAUACCAUUGAAAAUAACAGUUGUAUCAGUGAAGGAGGUGAUGGUGUUGGUCAUCAUGAACAAUGCAGAAGAAAAGAACCCAUCAUGAAUGCAGAUGUGGUCAAUGCAACUGCUGAUGUUGUUAAUGAAAGUGGUAAUGGGGAUGGAGGAUCCAUAAACUAUCCUAGCCAUGUGAGAAUAAGCAGCAAUACAGAAGAUACUGCCAUAGAAAUGAGUGGAGGAGAGACCCUUAGGAAUAACUUGGAAAAUGGUGAUGCCAGUAGUGGAAUAAGAGAAGCAUAUGUUAAUUAUACAGCCCAGACAGAACUUUCUGAGAUCGGUCAAAAUAAUGUGAGCAGUAAUGGAGAACAAGCCCAGGUUAACAAUACAGCUGAUGCAGGAUAUGGCGGUGACACUACAGGAGAACAGAUUGACCAAGUUCAGAAUCCGAUUGGUACAGAGGGAGGUGACCAGGUGAGUCAAGGCCCUGAAGGAAACACAACAGAUACAUUUUUGGGAACAAAAGUCAAUGGAGAACGUGCACACUGGGUAGACAUCACAGAAGGUGGCAGUGGUAAUGGUGAAAAUCCCGAGGAAGAAGGUUCCACUGAUGGCAGGGGAGAUGAAGAUUCAGAAGGGACACCAGAUCUUGGGGGAAAUGAGAGUGAAGAGCAGAACAAUGGAGGCAACGGUCCAGCUGAUGGUGAUGGUACAGAAAUAAGCAAUCCCAAUACAGGAGGAGAGAGUGAAGGAAGCCACAUGGAUGAUUCGCUCGAUACCAGUGAGCAACAGACCUCCCAAGAUAAUGAAGAUACAAGUGCACAAAAUGUCCAACAACCAACAGUCAUUGAAAAUACCAGGAAUGGGGAUGCAGAUAGUAGCAAUCGAGCUACAACCAAUGGCGCUGCAAAUGGUGGGAACAAAAAUGAAAAUGGCAGAAACCCAGUCCCGGGCAACAGAAAGGCCAAGGGUGAGCAGGCGACCAGCUCUCAGGGUGCAGGCAGGCAGAGGAUUGAGCCUAGAAGUGAUUCAGAGGACAGCAGUGGCGUCCAGGAGACCGGCGCAAAUGAAAGCAACAGCGUUUAUAGUUUGAGCGAUGAAUUAAUGCAAGGGGAUGAGCCUCAUGAAAGCCAGGGGUCUGAAGACACAGGGAACAGUAGCCAGCAAGAUCCCUCUCUUGAUGGGAGCAAUGGAGAGGACUCGGAACAAAGUGCUAAUGAGAAUGAGGGCAAUGAACCAUCUGAGAGCAAUGAGGGAGACAGUGGAAGUCAACCAGAGGAUGGCGCAGUAGGCAGCAAGGAGAGUGACAGUCAACCAGCCAGCAGUCAAAGCCAAUCUGAGAGUAGCAGCGAAUCUGGGAGUGACAGUGAUUCUGACAGCAACAGCGAAAGUGAAAGCGGUUCUAAGAGUAGCAGUGAGAGCAAGAGUGAUUCUGAGAGCAAUAGUGAAAGUGACAGUGAUUCAAAGAGUAGCAGUGAGAGUGAAAGUGAUUCUGAGAGCAGCAGUGAGAGUGAAAGUGAUUCCGAGAGCAGCAGUGAGAGCAAGAGUGAUUCUGAGAGUAGCAGUGAGAGUGAUUCUGAGAGCAGCAGUGAGAGCAAGAGUGAUUCUGAGAGCAGCAGUGAGAGUGAUUCUGAGAGCAGCAGUGAGAGCAAGAGUGAUUCUGAGAGCAGCAGUGAGAGUGAAAGUGAUUCCGAGAGCAGCAGUGAGAGCAAGAGUGAUUCUGAGAGCAGCAGUGAGAGUGAAAGUGAUUCCGAGAGCAGCAGUGAGAGCAAGAGUGAUUCUGAGAGCAGCAGUGAGAGUGAAAGUGAUUCCGAGAGCAGCAGUGAGAGCAAAAGUGAUUCCGAGAGCAGCAGUGAGAGCAAAAGUGAUUCCGAGAGCAGCAGUGAGAGUGACAGCAGCAGUGAGAGUGACAAGUCUGAGAGCAGCAGUGAAAGUGACAGCAGUAGUAGCAGUGAGAGUGAUGGCAAAUCUGAGAGCAGCAGUGAGAGUGACAAAUCCAGCAGCAGCAGUAGUAGUAGUAGUAGCAGCAGCAGCAGCAGCAGUGAAAGCAGCAGCAGUGAGAGCAAAAGCAAUUCUGACAGCAAUAAUGAAAAUGAUAGCAGCAACACAAAUGAUUCCAGGGUGAUUCCCAGUGACUCUAUGGAUUCUCAUGAUUCUAGCAGUUCCAGUGACUCCAGCAGCUCAAGUAGCUCCAGUGAGUCUAGUGAUACCAGUGGUUCUAAUGACUCAAGAAAUUCCGGGAGUUCUGAGUCACGUGAUUCCAGUGGCUCAAUUGAUUCUGAUGAUUUUUCCAAAUCCAGCAUCUCCAGUGGUUCAAAUGCUUCCAGUGAUUCUUCUGAGUCCAGCAGCUCCAGUGAUUCCAGUGAUUCAAGGGAUUCUUCUGACUCCAGCAGCUCCAGUGGUUCCAGUGAUUCUUCUAGCAGCUCCAGUGCUUCCAGUGCUUCCAGUGAUUCUUCUGAGUCCAGCAGCUCGAGUGAUUCCAGUGAUUCUUCUAGCAGCUCUAGUGCUUCCAGGGAUUCUUCUGAGUCCAGCAGCUCCAGUGAUUCCAGUGAUUCUUCUAGCAGCUCCAGUGCUUCCAGUGCUUCCAGUGAUUCUUCUGACUCCAGCAGCUCCAGUGAUUCCAGUAAUUCUUCUGACUCCAGCAGCUCCAGUGGUUCUUCUGAGUCCAGCAGCUCCAGUGAUUCUUCUGGGUUUAGCAGCUCCAGUGAUUCUAGUGAUUCUUUUGAGUCCAGCAGCUCCAGUGAUUCUUCUGACUCCAGCAGCUCCUGUGGUUCUUCUGACUCCAGCAGCUCCUGUGGUUCUUCUGACUCCAGCAGCUCCUGUGGUUCUUCUGACUCCAGCAGCUCCUGUGGUUCUUCUGACUCCAGCAGCUCCUGUGGUUCUUCUGACUCCAGCAGCUCCUGUGGUUCUUCUGACUCCAGCAGCUCCUGUGGUUCUUCUGACUCCAGCAGCUCCUGUGGUUCUUCUGACUCCAGCAGCUCCUGUGGUUCUUCUGACUCCAGCAGCUCCAGUGAUUCCACUGGCUCAAAUGGUCCUAGGAAUUCUUCAGAGUCCAGUGAUUCUAGUGACUCAGUGGUUUCUUCAGAGUCCAGUAGUUCCAGCAAUUCUAGUAAUCAAAGUGAUUCCAGCAACUCCAGAGCUUCCAGCACCUCCACUAAUUUAAGUGACAGUAGCACCUCGAGCUCUAAUGAUUCUGUGGAUUCCAAAUAA